CGGAUGUUUGUUUUGGGUUUUUUUUGCAUUGUUUUGCCGAUUUUAAAGUUUGUGCGGUGUUAACAAAACUUUAUAAAUAAUUUUAUUAAAAAAUAACAACAGACACAAAUAUUUUUUGCUAACUAGUUUGAAGAAGGAAGUGUAUAGUGUGCGUGUAGUGAACACCAUAUUUGAAUUUUUCAGAAAACCGCUAAAGUACUGGUAAAACUGCUAAUGUAAACAAAUAAGUUCCCUGAGAGAUUAUAGUAAAACUCAGCGAAAUGUCUACUGAUUUCAUGGACUUAACCCAACUUGAUCUUGAUGAUGACAUUCACGAUGUGUUAAAUCUGCCUGAAGUACAAGUGGCAGGAAUCAGUACUUCAGAAUCAGAAGCAUCUUCAGCCGGUUCCGGGUCAAAAUCUAAACAGAGUGCACUGCCAACAAACUUAGGUAGAAGUAAUGCUUCAAGGAAACGCAAUCUGAGAAAAAGUGUGGGCAGUCUAGAAGAGGUAUCAGACAAGAAGAGGACUGCUGCAGCUGAGAGAGAGUCCAAGAAGAGAAAGCUAGCUGAGGAAAAAGCGGCUAAGCUAGCAGCCGUCGAAGCUAACAAAAUUUACAAGCCCGGGGAAUGUAUGAAGUACAUGCACAUUGAGAUGCAUCCUUCUCUGGCUAGCGCGUGGUUCAUGUCGGAUUUAGCUCGUGAAUCAGCCGCGGCGGGUUGUAAGGUGACAACUGUGCCUGACAUAUGUGACCCUGCGCUGGUGAUGUGGAGCCGCGCUAACAGUCAGACCUUGACACUUACCGAGGGACUGGUAGGAUUGUCCCGUGCUCGCGAGCAGUGUUCGCGAGCCCUGUACGUACUGGAAGCGUCAGCAGUGGCGGAGUUGGUGCAGGCGCGCACGCUCGCGAGCAUGCUCGCCAACUUGCGCGCACUCACCGCCUGCGACGUAACUUGCGUAGUGUUCGGCGCUAAGGAGUAUUUUAAGAAAUCACGACGUAAAACCACGAACAGCAAUCGCAAGUCGAUGACGUUGAUAGAUUUGGAAAUGGCGGUAACUGAUAUGCUAGUAUCGGCGGAUUGCGACGCGUGGUUCGUAGAAUCUCCCAACGAGCUGGCCCUACACAUCGUACAAGUCACUAAGGCUAUAGCCGAGGCGCCUUACAAGCAAGCUAAAAGAGAUAUUGAUGAACAGGCAGACUUUUAUAUGAGGGGCGACAACAAGAACAGCGUCGCAGUAGACCCGGAUGGAAGGAACGUGGGUGCAGCGUGGCAGCAGAUGUUAUCAGUUCUCCCCCUCUCCAGUCUAGAAGUAUCCAGAGCCAUUCUGUCACAGUACAAAUCACCAACGGAACUGCACCAAGCAUUGGUACAGUCGGACGGUGUGAACACACUCGCGUCGUUGGUCGUCCCGCGUACAAAUGCUCCGAACGCGCGCGCCCGGCGACUCGGACCGGAGUUCGCUACGAAAAUGCACGCGCUUUUCACAUGCGAGAACGGAGAUACUCUGCUCGGAUGACUGUUACUGGCUAUAAUAAAUUAUUUGGAAAGAAAUGGUCUUUUUAUUACGAUCUGUUAUGUACUGUCUAUAAUAAAUUAUUUGAAAAGAAAUGGUGGUUUUAUUUCGAUUUUUUUUUUCGGCUUAUAAAUUGAUGAACAUCGG